AUGAGGACGAUGUCUAGUGAAAUACCGGACCAGAAAGAUUUAAUGAAACGGGUUCCCAAACCCCUCAUGGAGAAGCGGAGGCGAGACCGAAUUAACCACAGUUUGGAAACCUUGAGGCUUCUGUUAGUGGAAAACACCUGCAAUGAGAAACUGAAGAAUCCCAAAGUGGAAAAAGCUGAAAUCCUGGAGAGUGUCGUUAAUUUCCUGAAGGCUGAGCAGCGAUCCAGACCAUACUUAUAUCCCCUCAAAAGAGGAAAAAGAAAAUAUGAGGAAGAAGAUGAGCCAGGAUCUCCUUAUAAACGUCAACUGAACUACCAAGAUGGUAUGAGAACAUGUCUGCUCAGGGUCAGCAAUUUUAUUGCUAGCAAGAGCCAAGAGAUAGAUGGGAAGAUGCAGGUGAACAUGCAACAGGAACUUCCAGAACAUUCCAUUCAAGGUCAUCUAACACCCGCUCUGCACCUCAGCGGGUCUAUACCAGGGCAGCAGGCACUUACAUAUGUGGAGUCGACCAGCUCCUGCUCAGCACUGGGCCAGUCCAUCAUAUCUCAAAGAACUGCCAUAUAUGAACCUACAAAGAAGAUACCUUCCAGCUCUAAACAACCAUUGAUGUUAAGUGAUUCUGUGUGGAGGCCUUGGCCACAGUAGACAAAAACCUUUAUCAAAUAUCAUCCAAAAACUGAAUUUAUCAAUAGCUCAAAAUGUUUAUGAGUCAGUUGUCCUUGGCUCAUUUACAUGGAAAAGACUGAAAUGUGUAAAUGUGCAGCAGAUGUAAAUAUGUGGAUUUUGUACAAUACUGAAAUCUUUAUUUUGAUAUGGACAUUGACAGUAAACUGUGUGUGUCACAGGUAUGCUUUGUACUUGAUAGUAUAUAUUUUUGUAUAAAAGAAUUUUGUAUAAAAAUGUUUGGAGGAUAUAAGGAAUUUUGGAAAGAUUUUUUCCCACACCUUUUGUAUUUCUUUCAAUGAAAUGAAUAUGAAUCUUUGUAAUGGAUUCAUUUAAUUAACUGAGUUAAA